AUGCUGGAGAAGACGGGCUACUUCUUCUGCCUGGAGGACCGCGCCCUGCUGUGCCGGCCCUGCGACGUCGCCGUCCACGCCGCCGGCGCCCACGUCGCAUCCCACCGGCGCUUCCUCAUCACCGGCGUCCGCGUCGGCGGCGGCGUCGUCGUGAGCCCAGCCACCAGCAGCGGCAACGGGAGCAGCAGCGCUCCCGACAGCUCCGGCAACCCGACGACCUUGCCCGACAAGGCGCGGCCAUCGUCGUCGAAGGCACCCCGCCCCGCCCCGCCCCGCCCCGCGUCCUCCGCCCCCGCACCUUCGUCCUCUGCCUCGGCCGGCGGCUCUAACCGCCGCCCCGGCCGCCCACCAACCACCGCCGGCGCAUCCCCGCCCUCCCCUAACCUCUCCGGCGCCAUACCCCCGCCCGGGGACCUGGCCCGGCAGCUGGCGCCCACCACCCCGGCCGGCGGCGCUCCGCCGCGUCGCCCGCCCACACACCACCGCCCACCGCCGGUCGAUUCCUCCCUCCACCACCUUCUCUUCUAA